GGCAGCAGUAGCGGUUCACUGUGCUCUCUGCACCAAGAGGUGUGUGCGCGGAUUUUCAUCCGUGUCCUCUGGUUAGGGGUUUGUGGUCCAUUCAUUCAUUUGUCGACGAUGGAUCGAGCGAGGACCCUGACCGCGUCAUUGACGCCGUUUGUGCGUUCCCUGCUGUCCGAAAGGUGUGGUGCCGCGCGUCAGGCGAGCACCGGCCACUUCGGCGUUCACCUGCUCAAGGUGCCCGCGCGGGGUUGUGCGACCCGCGUCGCAGCCGAGCCGUUCCUCAACGGCAGCUCGUCCGUGUACGUCGAGGAGAUGUACCGAGCCUGGACCAAGGACCCAAACUCCGUGCACAAGUCAUGGGAUGUCUUUUUCCGGGCUGUCUCGUCCGGGCUAGGGCCCGGCGAGGCCUACAGCUCUCCCCCUACUCUGUCUACAGCCAUGUCAACUGUGGCCAUGCCUCGAGUAGCUCCAGCGGCAGCGACGGCACCUGCACCUUCCAAACUUCCGAGCACACAGGCGGCACCGAGGGACAUCGAUGAUCACCUUUCAGUUCAAGCGAUCAUUCGGUCCUAUCAGGUGAGGGGACACCUGGCUGCAUCUCUCGACCCUCUCGGAAUCGUCAACCCCAGCGUACACUCCUUAAAUCGAGAGCAGCUGCAUUCGCCCGAGGUGGUGCUUCGAAAUUACAAGCUAGAGGAGAAAGACAUGGAUCGUCUGUUCAAGCUUCCUGCAACCACAUUCAUCGGUGGCGAGGAGAGCACCCUGCCUCUGCGGGAGAUAUUGCGGCGAUUAGAGAACGUGUACUGCACAAGUAUUGGGGUGGAAUACAUGUUCAUCAAUGACCUUGACCAGUGCAACUGGAUCAGGGAGAAGUUUGAGUCGCCUGGUGUCAUGCGACUUACCAAAGAGCGCAAGCGCCUGCUGCUGUCACGUGUUGUUCGAUCCACCAAAUUCGAGGAGUUCCUGGCCAAAAAGUGGGUUUCAGAGAAGCGGUUCGGAUUGGAAGGUUGCGAGGUGCUCAUCCCGGCGAUGAAAACCAUCAUUGACCGGUCGAGUGAGCUUGGCAUCGAAAGUAUAGUAAUGGGUAUGCCUCACAGGGGUCGUCUUAAUGUCCUAGCCAAUGUUUGCCGCAAGCCUCUUGAACAGAUCUUCACCCAAUUCAGUGGACUGGAGCCCGCUGACGAGGGCUCUGGUGAUGUGAAGUACCACCUUGGAAUGAGCCAUGAACGUCUGAACCGAGUGUCCAACCGAAACAUCAAACUUGCUGUCUGUGCCAACCCUUCGCAUCUGGAAGGUGUGGAUCCAGUGGUCCAAGGCAAGACUCGAGCCGAGCAGUUCUACCGCGGUGACACUCAGGGCAAGAAGGUGAUGAGCAUCCUUUUGCAUGGAGAUGCAGCUUUUGCGGGCCAGGGAGUGGUCUAUGAGACUUUUCACUUGAGUGAUCUGCCUGACUACUCUACCCACGGCACCAUCCACAUUGUUGUCAACAACCAGAUUGGCUUCACCACUGAUCCCCGAGUGGCACGUUCUUCUCCCUACUGCACGGAUGUUGCCCGUGUGGUCAAUGCGCCCAUCUUUCAUGUGAAUGCUGAUGAUCCUGAAGCUGUCGUGCAUGUGUCAACAGUGGCUGCCGAGUGGCGCAGCCGCUAUGGAAAGGAUUGCGUCAUCGACCUGGUGGGCUACCGACGCAAUGGCCACAACGAAGUGGAUGAGCCCAUGUUUACACAGCCACUCAUGUACACCAAAAUCCGCAAGCAAGCAACCCUCCUCGACAUUUACUCACGCAAAUUAGUCGAUGAAGGCGUUGUCUCUGAAAAGGAGAUUGAGGAGGAAAAGGAGAGGUACGAAAGCAUCCUGUCCGAGGCUUACAAAAAUGCUGAGAAAGAGGACAAGUCAUACAACAGGGACUGGCUCGAUUCGCCCUGGAGUGGGUUCUUCGGGGAUCGUGAUCCCAUCAAGUGUGACCCAACUGGUGUGCCCGAAGACAUCCUGCAACACGUAGGCAUUGCGUUCAGCUCACCCCCGCCGGGCAACUUCAAGAUCCACCCGGGCCUGCGACGUAUCCUCAAGGCACGUCUCGAGAUGGUGGAGCAGAAGACUGCUGACUGGGCCCUUGGCGAAGCCAUGGCCUUUGGCUCCCUGCUUAAGGAGGGCAUCCACGUGCGCCUCAGUGGACAGGAUGUUGAACGGGGCACAUUCAGUCACCGCCAUCAUGUGCUGCACCAUCAGACGAUCGACAAGACGACCUACCGACCCCUGUGUCACCUUUGGCCAGACCAGGCACCUUACACUGUCUGCAACAGCUCUCUAUCAGAGUAUGGCGUACUUGGUUUUGAGCUGGGUUUCUCUAUGACGAACCCCAAUGCACUGGUGAUGUGGGAGGCCCAGUUUGGAGACUUCAUGAACACCGCCCAGUGUAUCAUCGACCAGUUCAUCAGCAGCGGGCAGGCCAAGUGGGUCAGGCAGAGUGGCCUUGUCAUGCUUCUGCCUCACGGCAUGGAGGGCAUGGGCCCCGAGCACUCAAGCGGCAGGCCAGAACGUUUCCUCCAGCUUUGCAGUGAGGAACCUGAUGUCUUUCCUACAAUUGAUGAGGACUUUGCCAUGCGUCAGCUCAACGAAACCAACAUGAUUGUUGCCAACUGCACAACACCCGCCAACUACUUCCAUGUAUUGCGGAGGCAGAUUGCCUUACCAUUCAGGAAGCCACUCAUCCUUUUCACACCAAAGUCACUUCUCCGGCAUCCGGAGGCCAAAUCGCACUUCAGUGAAAUGACUGAAGGUACAUCAUUCCUACGGCUGAUCCCAGAUAAUGGCCCAGCCAAGGACAACGCAUCAGCUGUGCGCCGCCUCCUCUUUUGCUCGGGAAAGGUGUACUAUGAGCUCACUAAAGAACGCAGAUCACGCAAUCUCGACUCUGAAGUGGCUAUCACACGCGUCGAGCAGCUCUGCCCAUUUCCAUUCGACCUGGUGAAACAGGAGAUCGACCGGUAUCCCAACGCCGAGAUCUUCUGGGUUCAGGAGGAACACAAGAAUCAAGGCUUCUGGUCCUUUGUGCAGCCACGGCUUCAGACUGUGGUUGCUCAUCAGAAAGCCAUCCAGUAUGUUGGCCGUGCUGUCUCUCCAUCAACGGCGACGGGCAGCAAGCAUGUGCACAAGAAAGAGUGUGAGAGGCUCCUCAGUGACAGUUUGGCUUGAGCGUAUUGUCUUAUUUGAAAUUGGGUCAGAAGACGGAGCAGAAGCUUUACAUCUAAAACCAAACCAAGACAUAGAGUUGAACGACGGAUUUACUAUUGUCUGCCCACUCUUUUGUAAUUAAAGCCUGCACCUUGCAUUUCUAGAAUAUUGGCCUUUCAUGUUGCUUCAGAUUGCACAGAUGGCACCAGCACGUCUUGGCAAUCACAGGGGUUUUUGCUAGCUCUGCACUGCGCGCUAUAAAGUAGAUCUGAUAUCCUAAACAGCUAAGCCUACUGUGCAGCUGAACCCUUGUGUACUGUUCCAACAGUUUAGCUUCAUUUUAUUUACUUUCAGAUGCUUGAUAGGAGUGUUUUUCAGGAGCAAGGUAUAAGAUGAAAACAGCAGUCUUAUUUAAUGUUGUGUUAACAUUGUUUUGUAUUGUUUUUCAUUGUGCUUCUUUGUUCUGCAGUCUCUUGUCAUGCUAACUUGUCCCUUCGACACAAGUGCAUUGUCACAGCUCCAGUGGAAAUCUAACAUGCCUACAGUUCGUACACAACGUUAUGCACAACUUUUGAAAACGAAGCAUUGACACAUGCUUCGGCCGGAUGUUGUUGCUGGCUUACAUUGGUGUAUGGUGGUGCCUUUGUUAUGCAGCAAAUGUGUUUCUUCCGACUGCGCUGUUAUGUGUGAUCCUGAAUUCAUUGCCUGCAAACAAUUUUGUUUUUGUUAGCAUAUGAAUAUUUGAAAUUUAGAAGAUAAGCUUAUUAGACCAAGCUUUUUUUGUUCACGUUUCAUAGGAUAAUUUGCAAUUUGAAUGAAUAAUCAAAUAUUCAUUUCUUUUGAUUAUGUAUAUGAAAAACCAACACCUAUCAGUGUCUCGAAGAAUGAAAAAUAAUUUUGUUGUAAUUUGUAAAAACUUUAUGUGGUUGUAAUGCACAAAAAGAGGUCCCGAAGUCAGACUGCAAUGGGACCUCCUUUUCACUAGAAGAAUGUAUGCAAAUACUAUUUCAAAUGGUUCUUUUCCAAGACUGCAGUGAUUGUUGCACAGUGCACAGUUUCUUAGCAAAUGCACAUGGCUUUUAACUACUGCUGUAUAAUAUCCAGUCAUUUCAUAAGAAUGGCUUGCUUUUAGGCAUGUAGCCUGUAUUCGAAUUAGUUCUUAUUAUUGCCACGUUUAUUAAAUGUAGUGCUGUAGUACCGCACUUUUUUUAAGCAAAUGUUGUUGUACAUACAUCUCCCUACGUAUUUCAGUAACGCUAUUGCUAUGUUGUGCCAGAUAAUAUGAAGCGGUUACUUGUCAUUGACAAACUUCCGGAUAAUUUGGGUGUGUAAUUGUAAAUGAUAUUAUACAUACAUGUGUUAGAGUACUGUGCACUGUUUUGAAAUAUAUUCACAGUAUGAAUGCAAGGUACGUACGAGCUUAUACAAUGUUCACUGGACUACUUGCCCCUUUAUUUUGGUCAUGACUGAAGGCUGCAUUGCAAGGUUGCGAAGGUCAGACAGAAAGUGCUCACAGAAGAGAAAAUACUUUGUUAGUGCUAGAAGCACAGCUCUUGCAUUGAAAGGAUAAGCCAGUGAUUAGACUUUCUCUGAUUCUCUAUGUAGUUGAAGGAAGAGCAAAUAUAUACUGGACUCUGCUAAAGUGUAAUAAUAACGCUUGUUCGUUGCAGUUAAAGUCGUUACGGAAGGUCUUUGUGAGAUUGUGUCGAGGAAAGUUUUUGCCACUGUUUUUGUACGACAAUAUAUAAGCCUUGUUGUACAUAUUUAAAUGCGCAGGAAAACAAUGUGGCCCUACACACAACUGUGUUAAACAUUCGGUGCUGGAGUACAGCGGGCUUUUUAUGCUGAUAAUGGUGUUGUUAUAAUCAUGGUAGCUCUUUUGUUUGAUUCAUUAUCAGAGUGUGACUUGCCCUUUUUAAUAAUUUCAUCAAAUUAUGUAUGUAAAUCAGAUGUCUAGAAGCUAAAAGGAAUUAGCAGUUUUUGCACACUUAUGUCAUUGCUGAAAUUGUGCAACUCUGCCUAAAUCACAGUAAAGCCAGUGGUUCAGUGACGCGUGGUCACUUCUUAGUGAUUUCAGACUUUAAUGAUGUUUGACUUGAAAUUGUCAUCGCAUCAGUACCUUGAUGUCUUGUGCUUUAAAAAAUGUCUUUGCUGUACUGUUGUGCAUUGAGUUUCUGGCUGCAUGCGGAACUGCAUGCGGUACUGCAGAGCACUGAAGCAACAUUGAAUGACUGUGUAUUAAAAGGUGCGAUUUCACUUGUCCUUAAUUAUGUCUUGUCCCACUGUUACCUUAGCAUGUCAAGCACUGUUGACUGCAAUUAGUUUUGACUUUGUAUUUGUCACAAUGUAUGCAUCGUUAUUUAAGCCGUUAUUUUCCGUUGUGUAAUGUCCUCAAUCUUUUUUUUUUUGCUUUUUGUUGUAAUAGAAAUUGCAUUUUUGCAUGUCACAGCUUUGUCCCGUCUGUGUUUUAGCAAGGGUACAACUGUUGGAAGGUGCAGCUAAUCUUAUUCAAACUGCUGCUUUCUUUCGUAUUGAAAAUUGUGGCCCUCGUGGUCUCAUCUCCAGGCUCUUGUGCACAAAGCCGCAUUUUCGAAACUAGGCAACCUUUUAGUACUCCGUUAUCGCUUUGAAGUUGGCCAUUGUGUUCCUGGAGUAAAAGUGUUUACCUUCAA